AUGGCGUGCCCGCGUGAGCUGUACUAUUCUCUUACUCUUCUUUCUACGUUGUUGACUUUCGUAGCAGUAACGUUGAUCAUGUCCCGUUACGUAUGGACAAGUAAUACCAAACUGAUCGUUGCAUUUUCAUUUACCUUUAUUGCACUCAUCUUUCAAAUUCUCAAUUUGAUCUGUGAAACAUUCAAAUGUUUACGCACUCGAAUCGCACCAAUUUUCACCAUUCUAUUUCACGGGAUUACCAUCGCUCUCCCACUAGUGACAUUAAUAAUACUCCUUAUUGUAAUAACGAAACAGGAAAAUCCGGAAACACUAUGCGGUCCCUUCAAGUAUUCCGAAGUACUUAUUGCUGCUGCAUGCUACACACUUGGAUCAAUGUUGUCAGCCGGAACACUAAUUUUGGUCAUUUUGUUUUGUCCACCACCAAUUGAUUUCCUCUCAUCUUUGGAAAGGAGCAUAAAAGAACUGGACAACAACGCUCAGACCAGAAGAAGUGUUGAUGUUGGAUAA